AUGGCGACGGUCUCGCAACCGCCGCAAACACCACCGGCGCAACCGCCUCCACCGCCUGGAACCACUGUACCUCAGACUAGUCCUCAGCUUGUACCAUCUCGUCAGCCACUGCCUCUGUCUGCUUCACAAGAAGGCCAAGUGCGAGAGAUCUACCAUAAACGAGUGCGGAACAAGUGCGCCGAAGAAGUACGACUAUUUGCAGCAUGCGCUACCAAUCGUACAUUCACUGCGCCUUUCUAUUGCCGACCCGAACGCCGCCAGAUGAACGCCUGCAUGCUUCAGUACGCCAAUCAAGCCGAACAGGACGCCGCCAGAGAGGAGUGGUUUGCUACUCGUGAUUUGCGCCGCAAGGAGCGAGAGGCCAAGGAAGAGAAGAGGAAAGAGCAGGAGAAAUUCCACCGUGAGUGGUGGGGUCUGGACGAAAACGGAAAUCGUAUCGAGAAGAAAGACUCCAAGUAG